AUGGAAGAGAUACGCGCUAAGACAAUUCAGGCAGGAAUCGAACGAAUGAUGUUGGACCGCGAGCGUUUCCGUGCUCAGAAUGACAUGGCCUUCGAACGAUUCUGGGACCAGCGACUCAACGAGCUCAGGGGAAUCGGCAUGCCAGAGAACCACCCACAGUUCCAGGUGGUGAUGAAAGAAGAACGUGCUGCAUUUCCACGGUGGCAAGCUGCUAAGAAACGAAGAGACGAGCUCUCCGCAGCAUUGAAGGCUAAAGACGAUGAGCUCGACAGACUCGAAGCUGAAGCUGUGACGCUUGAAAAGGACCUCCGUCAGGAGCAGGAGCGCAAGCACUAUCACUCGAAAAGAUCCUUCCACUACACUGACAUCCCGUACAGGUCGCGUGGUGGAUCUCAGUCCGAGAAUGACUACGGCUAUGGCUCACGUGGACCAUCUCAGACAGACAGGUCUCGAAAGCGUGGCGAACAGCGUCCUCUCCCACGACAGCAGAGCUCAUACGAGCAAAAGUCUCGCCAAGACCAGUCGCGUGCUAAUCCAAGCAGAGCGUCCGAACCUCAACCGUCUCGCAACUCGCCCCAGACUUACGCCUCCCAAGUCGAAGCUUGGUACAACUACACCGUUGCCGUAUUGUCGAAUGACAAUCGUGCCAACCUCAAAUAUUUCCCGACUCCGCCCCCAGCACCAUGCAAAACCAACGAAUGCACCAUCCAAGACAAUCUCGCACCGGGCGUCUGUAGCUGCGCCAUUCGAUCUGCAUUUCAAGCUGCGCCUAUCACUACUGGGUAUAAGAAGGAAGCCACUCGUUGGCAUCCAGACAAGUUCUCUUGCUGUUCCGAAGCAUUUCGAGAGCAAUUGAAGCGACAUGCUACUAUGGUUUUCAAGGUUGUAAAGGAUAUGUAA